UUCCGAUUUGAAUUUUUCGCUUUACUUGUCAUGUUACUCUGGUACUAAAUAAAUUAUAGGCAGAUGAUUUCAGACGUUAUUCUUAUUUUUCUUCUAGAUUAAACGCAUCACGUAGACUACUUCUCAGUAUUUGCGCACAGUUUAUCGAUUGACUGGAGCGGCUCCUCCUUAAAAGGGCAACAGUUUCAGCGAGUGGACCCGCAAACACUAGCACACAGGAUCAUAACGAGGAACACAAAAGAAGAAUUUUUGAAGAAAGGAAGAAAGUCAUACGGGUUUGAAAUGACAAGAGGGUUGUUUGAUUGCCAGCUGUCAGUGUGAUGACUUCUAAAAACGUUCUGCGCAGUCAGCGGCGCAGGGAACUGGACGCACGCAGGAGUAAAUCGCGCGUGCGCCUGGGCUCGUGCCUGCAUAGCUGGGGUCAGCUCAAAGAGGAACUGGGCUUCACUCUUCACUCAGAGCUCGCCCAGCAUCUCAUAGACAGCUACUAUUCCAGAAUUUGUAUCAAGUGCUCAGGUAAUGAGAAAACAGAUGCCAAAAGAAGUCUGUCAACUACCACAGAAUCUUUGCAGGAACUUAUUCUGUUGGUCCACAACCAUGGACAGAAAUGCCCCCUUCCACCUGCCCUGCAGUUUAAGACUGUUACAAAACAACCAGAGCAGAAUAAGAGUGUCCAUGAAACAGGAAGAACAGUUGUGCAAUCUGAGUCCGAGGACUCUGGUUACUUAUCUGAGGUGGACAUGUGUCUCAAAUACACUUGUGAUGGUGGCCAUCAUUUUUCGUGGUCUCCUAUUGAAAGAGAGAAAUCUAAAAAUGAGAGUGAUGGCAACAGUGGAGAUGUGACCCCCGCUAGUCCGAAGAGGCUCAGACGGGGCAGAGAGCAAUUGGUGGAGCCAAUCACUUUAAGGCAAGAGUUGCCUAAACUGACAACCCGACAACAACAGGGACGUAAACAUGACGUUACCUUAAAUGAAUCGGAAGAGAAAAAUGAGGCAGGAUCUGAGAUUUCUGGAGACAACAAAAAUGCAGAUGUUACAGUGACGGAGACUGAACAGGAUGCUGUCAAUGAGGGAGGAAAUGAUGGAACUGAUGUCUUUCACCUUUCAGAGCAUAACAAUGAAGAAACUGCAGCGCUUAAUUUAACCAAAAGAGGGAACCAGAGGAGAGUAGAUGCUGGAGAUAAGCAGAACACCAACAGAAAAGCAGGAAUGCUUAAAAAUAAUUGCCCACAGUCUUUGAAAGAUGACAUGUCUCAGAUCAGUGGCAGGAAGAAAAGGAAAAUAACACAGAAAGUCAUUUUGCCUUGCGAGUUUGAGGGCUGCGAUAAGAUUUUCUCCAGUCGGCAAUAUCUAAAUCAUCACGUCAAGUACCUGCACCUCCAGCAGAAGACGUUCUCCUGCUCGCACCCCACCUGCGAUAAGUCGUUCAACUUUAAGAAGCAUCUGAAAGAACAUGAGAAGCUGCACAGCAAUCAGAGAGACUAUAUCUGUGAGUUCUGUGCCCGGGCCUUUCGAACCAGCAGUAACCUGAUCAUCCAUCGGAGGAUACACACUGGAGAGAAACCUUUGCAGUGUGAGGUGUGUGGAUUUACCUGUCGGCAGAAAGCCUCCUUGAACUGGCACAUGCGCAAGCACAACGCUGAGAGCACUUACCAGUUCCCCUGUGAGAUCUGCGGCCGUCGCUUUGAAAAAAGAGACAAUGUCACAGCUCACCGCAGCAAGAGCCACCAUGACUAUUAGUACACCCAUGCUGGAAACCUGCUUUUCUGUGUCUUCUGUCUCGGACCCACUCCCGCAGACAUCAAUGCAGCACAGAUCUUCCCCUGCUGCUUACAUGAAUGACAGCACUUAAUUAAUUGUCAUUACUGGAGUUUAUUAUGGGCAGUAUACAUUACUAGUGAAGUGAGUAACGUUAGAAGUAUAGCCUUGAGCCUUGAGUUUUUUUAGAUAUUGUGUACAAUUUAAAUAAAA